AGAAUCCCUUCCUCGCGCGCUCUUUUGCAGACUGCUUAUCUCUUUGAUCCGACCCCCUGCCGCCUCUGCCCACCCCCAACACUUAACAACAGCUGACGUCAUCUCCUCCGCCGUGCGUGUUCGCUGAUAAACUUUGUGUGUGUUCUCGUGCGUGUUUGGUGAGCGCGAGGCAGGGGUUUUUGUCUCGCAGUGCGAAGUGGUUUGUUCCAGAGGGCUGGCGCACACAGUCGGAGUAACAGCACGCAGCAGCGGCAGCCCAGUAAGAAGAAAGUGGCGAGAAAAGUAGCUGGCUGUGGGUUUCUGUGCUCCGGCGUCUUCUUACUGUUACACGGUGACGUCUUAACCCGGAGAUAGGAAAGUUUUAUCGGCAGUGAUAAAUAUACUCAAAGCAGAAUUAGCCUACUAUGGAGGACCAGCUGCUGUGCUGUGAGGUGGACUCAAUCAGGAGAGCUUACCAGGACGUCAACCUGCUCAAUGACCGAGUUCUACACACCAUGCUCAAGGCCGAAGAAAACUACUUGCCUUCGCCAAACUACUUCAAGUGUGUUCAGAAAGAAAUUGUACCAAAAAUGCGAAAAAUAGUUGCCACCUGGAUGUUGGAGGUCUGCGAGGAACAGAAAUGUGAGGAGGAGGUUUUUCCGCUCGCUAUGAACUACUUGGACAGAUUUCUAUCAGUUGAGGCCACCAGGAAAACAAGACUACAGCUGCUCGGAGCCACAUGCAUGUUUCUAGCAUCAAAAAUGAAGGAGACUGUGCCCUUAACGGCGGAGAAACUCUGUAUUUACACGGACAACUCGGUCCUGCCCGGGGAACUGCUGCAAAUGGAGCUGCUGGUUCUCAACAAGCUCAAGUGGGAUCUGGCUUCAGUAACCCCUCAUGACUUCAUCGAGCACUUCCUGUCCAAGCUGAAGAUCUAUCCCUCCACCAAGCAGAUCCUCAGGAAACAUGCCCAGACCUUUGUGGCACUGUGUGCUACAGAUGUCAACUUCAUUGCCAGCCCUCCCUCAAUGGUGGCAGCAGGGAGUGUAGCAGCAGCUGUUCAAGGGCUCUACCUGAAGAGCCAAGAUGCGUCCUUGUCUUCCCAGAACCUCACUAAUUUCCUGUCGCAGGUCAUUCGUAGCGACCCGGACUGCUUGCGGUCAUGUCAGGAGCAGAUAGAGUCUCUGCUGGAGUCUAGCCUGCGACAGGCACAACAGCACAAUGGCACAACAGAAACUAAACGAGUUGACGAGGACGCGGACUUGUCCUGCACCCCAACAGACGUCAGAGACAUCAACAUCUGAGGCGACCCAGACCUACGUCGCACAAUGAGCAGUGAUGGAGGGAAAGUUGUCAGAGGGUGGUAACGGGCGGACCAGGGAUGGGGCACCCCACUUGAACUCCCUCCCUCCCUUCCUCCUCCAGCGUGUCACUCACAUGCCUGCUGUCCACUACGGCUGCCAAGAUAGGAUGCUCACCAUGCUCACCCCUGUCACAUGUCCUGCCAGCGUCCCCUCCCAGGCCAGGAAAAGAAAUGAACUCUACAGAGAUGUACCAGAGAGAACAGACACUGAAUAUCAAUGAGCUCUGUGGGGCUGGAGCUGAAGCCACAGAGGCAAAUGUUUUUCUUAUUCCCUCACAAGUUAAUUAGGAAUCUUUCAAUUAAAGCAGACUGAGCAUGCCUACUAAAACAUCCCAAAGUGUCAUGUACAGUAGGUUCUCAUAGUCUGUCAUCAGGGCUUCACGUGAAAGCAAGAGGCUCGUCUUUUACUUCGUUUUCUGUUAUGUCGGAAUGCUUUAGAGUUCCUGCCCAAGUUUCCAUGUUUGUCUUGUAGUGCAGACACUCAUAUACCCUGCUUGCUUAUAUUUAGUCACUUUAUUAUGUAUCAUUUUAAACCUCUCAGUUAGUUAGUUUUAUGCUUCUGUUCUUCAAAGCUUGUUUGUUUGUUUGUCUUAAAGCAAACGUAGGGUGAGAUGCUCACAUUCUAUCACCCUUAAAGACUUUGGACUGCUAUUGUAAGGUUUGGACUAGGGAAAUUCUUUGGUCAAUCUUUGAUUUUUGCUUUACCCAUUUACCUGUUAUUUGAUAAAAUCAAAUAUAAACAGAGCAGUCCACAGUCUGUUCUUUCUCUGUGUAGUUAGACGUAAUUCAUUCCAACUUUGUUUUCUAAAGAAAAGCACUUUUGGUCAGUGAUGCUGGCUCAGCUAGAAGUCACAGUGAUAGUUUGUAAAACAAUAUGAAAACAGUCUUUUGAUGAUGGAGAGUGUGGGGAGUACUUGCUGACAGUUACACCCAGUUAUGCCUGGAUCUGAUUCAUGGUGUGGGACACAGAAUUGAGCACUGUGGCAGAAAGCUGCUCAGCACCGUGGCUCGCUGUAGCUGCCUUCCAGUUCUCAGUGUUUCAUACAGGUAGAGCUGCUCUGAUGUCAUGAUUUUAUAGGUUUAAAUGUGUGCAAAGCCAAAUGUUAAAGGCCCAGAGCUAAACGUAAAAAGUACUAUUUUAAUAGUUCAAAUCAUUUUUGUAUAGUAAAACAUAUUAUUUAUCUUUGUAGGUUCAUGCUGACCAUGGCUUCAUGACCUGAUGUUAAAUUCAAGCUUAUUUCUUCCUCCAGAACAGGUCAAACUGCAACUAGUCUCUGUAAUUCUUCUCCAUUGCUGUAGCCCAGCUCACAUACGUGUCAUAGAUUAUGAGGGCAAUGAAGCUUAAAAAAAGAGAGUGGUGAAAAUAUUAACUUGAUUUUGCACAAACCUAAAAGACGUGGUGUGCGUUUUUUGGGACUUGCCUAGAGGAAAAAGGGAAGCGAAGCCAGCAAAAGUUUGAGGGCUCACCAAUGGGGUGCGUCUUACUGCUGUAUAUUUCAUACAAGGGCUCCUACACAGCACGGGGAUGUUGUCAUGUUCAGGUUGAUAUAUACUUUAUACAUACGGAUGGACAGAUUACCAUGAGCAAGGAGAGCUCUCUACUACAUGGAGUCAAAGCGUGGGAAACGUGAGUUCUGUGAGCAUGUCACACUGUGUAGGAACCUUGUAAAAUAGGUUUCU